CAUAAAUAUGUAUAUAUUCUCACACCGCCGCACACGUGCCUGACCCGCCGUCCGUAUAAACAGCCGUUGCCAGGUUUCCGCCCCGUUAGCGUAUGCCGGGGUCUGUCAACGCCAGAGUGGACAUGGCGGUAGUGGCACUAACAUAACCGAGGCUUGCGUAACAGUGAAUGAAGACUGCAAUGACUCGCAAAAGCACAGCGACAGGACGCCUCCCCAGUCAUCCAAUUAACGUUGGAUGACGUACUAUCUCUCCCCGAGGCUAGAGUCGGCGCAGCCGGGGUCCCCACAAGACCUGCGCGGAGCCAACUACUCCAAGCUCAAAGACAGACACAAAUCGCAACAGUCUCGCGAGAAAGUGAUGUUCCUGCCCAUACUGGAUGGAGACGAGGAGCACCCGCUGCCCUACUACACGACGGGCGAGGUGGCCUUCCCCGCCCUCGCCGAAGUCCCGUGGAAGACUGACGAGAAGCGCAAGUUGAGGGCGCAGGCGGAGAUAUUCAACCGAGACACAAGACUCCAGGACGCGCUGCUCGAGGACCUCAUCAGCGACACCAUCAUGGAGGAGAUCGUCGCCACGGCUUCAGUGGUCCUUCAGGAGAGCAAGUACCAGGAGGAGGAGGACCAAGUCAUCGCCGGCCUGAUCGAGGAGGUGCUCGUGAUGCCGGAGGUGCAGCAGCAGGUGUACAUCAUCGCCUGGUCUCUCCUCUACGACACGGGGCGCUCUCUGCCCCAUCAGGAGUUCCUCGACCUCAAGAAGAGAGAGGAGGAGCUCCACCUCGAACCGGUGGCUAAGGAGGCUCUGUUGGCGCACGUGCUGGAGGGCGAGGACUGGGCAGACGAUCUCAAGGAAGAGAAGAUCCUUUCCGAGAUCUCGUGGGACAUCUUGGUGUUCAACUACCACCGGAAUCUCCAAGAAAAUGCUCUUUCCAAGAACUAUGCUCUCAAGAUCCUGCAGGAAAAGAUGGUGUCCCAGGCCGCAGGAGAGGAAGUGUUCCGAGACGGACUGCUGGACAAUCUCGAGGAGGAAUUCAACUCCUUCGACGAAUUGGAGAAGCUCACAGCGCCGCCUCGCAUGGGGUAGGGAGGGGGAGGGAGAGGGGAUGGGGGCUGAGAAAGGAAAGAAGGAUGAAGGGGAGUGGGAAGGAAAAUAAACCUACACUGACUCUUUACUUUAGAAUAUGUUUGAUAUACGGAUAGGAUGGAAAAGGAGGAUACUGGAAUUGGGGAAACGAAGAAUAAGAUAUGGUAAAGUGUGCGACAGAAAUCUACAAUUUUUGUUUCUGAUGUACGAAGAAUCGCUCAUUAACCUUCCAAGGCUUUAAAGAACCUUGGAAUUGUAUACUUAUUUUUCUUAUACAUUGAAUUAGAGCGUUCACAAAGAAUGUCAUCGAGAUAGUUCGUAGUGACUGGACGAUAUACAUAUAUUUUAGUAAAGUAUAUACUGUGAUUAAAGUUUUUUUGGAUCGAGAGUUCCAAGCAGUAGGUUACAAAGUGGCUACUGGCGAGUCAUCUUGUAACGACUGUAACAAGCUAAUAAAGUUGAAGUUAA